AUAACAGUCUUCAUCAUCCAGUAGCUCAGUAACCAAACAUAAAUACAAAUAAUUGAGCCAUUCAAAUAAUUAUGAGAUGCUGGCAUGAAAUCCAGAUACGUAUAUGGUUAUUUAUCCCGCCUUUGUAAUAUUUUCCUACUGUAGCAAAAUGAGCUAUUGAGCUAUUGUAUGAGCUAUUUAUAGAAAUUGUUAUAUGUACUUCCUGUAUAUAGAAAGAAAGAUAGCAAAAAGAGAGACUGAAGCAGAGACAGACGGACAGAGAGAGGGAGAGGGAGCAGAUAUCUGCAUGUUAAAUGACAAAAUAUUAACCAAAUAUCUGAAUUUCUGCAUUCUCCUGCUAGUUCUGCCUCUCUUCUCCUUCUUCUCUCUCAAUGGUUAAGGUGUUUCAAUAGCCGCAAUGAGUGAGGUAUUAUAUUCAUCUAUGAAGUUCAAGAAGAACUGUAGGCAGGGGACUGCAGCAACUCAGGAUGAAGACGUAACCUAUUCUGAGGUCAAAACCAUCAACCCUACCGCCUCCAACACUGUGUGCCACUGUGGUUCAGCAGAGCACAGUGGGCAAAGCUCACUUCCCUACAGACGGGUUGCAGUGUGUCUGGGGCUGCUGUGCGUUCUCUUAUUGGCUGCCACAGUAGUCUUGUGUGUCCUCUAUACAAGUUUAUCAGAGAACUAUUCAGUGUUGGAGAGAGAUCUGGAGAAAGUCCAGCUACAGAGCACUUUGUGUAAACCCUGUCUACAGGGCUGGGCACAGUUCUCUUCGAAGUGUUACUACUUCUCUAAUGAGAUGAAGAACUGGACAGACAGUCACAGUGACUGCAUUAAAUGGGGAGCUGACCUGGUGAUUAUAGAGAGUAACGCGGAAAAGUGUUUCAUCAACGAACAAAUAAAAAACAUUACCUGGAUUGGACUGAGUUACUCAGUGGAUAAUGGUAACUGGCUCUGGGUGAAUGGAACCUCUCUGCAGAAAGGAUCCUGGGGGAAAGGAAAGUCAGGUGUUAAAAAUGGAUAUGAUUGUGCCAUGUUUAUCCCUAAUGUGAAUGGAUGGAAUACCUCUCACUGUUCUAAUGACCAUAAUUUCAUCUGUGAGACUAAUGCUCUGCCCCCCUAAACCAUUUUUUAUCAUUGUAUGUUUUUGGUUCUCUCAUCUUGUGAGAGGCCGUUGACCAUGCCAGGUUUGACAGUCAAACACAGGACCAAUAAGCAGGAAUUGCGAGAAAUUUUGUUUGUAUGUUGCUUGAUAAAUGAGGCCCAUUGUGUGAAAGUAUGAGCUAAUAGAAAGAGCUCUCAGUACCUACUUACUCAGUAUCUCAUAAAGGCUCUCCAAACAGACGCUGUGUCCUAAAGACAUAAGCCACAUGUACCCACAAAUAAACAUGUGGUAUGUGACUCUAUGGCUUAAAUUCAAUAAACAUUUAUCCUCAACUCUGACUUACAAGUAAUAUCCUUGCUUUAUAAUCCUUGCUGCAAUUGAUAGUCAAAUUUAAGGACUAAUGUUUAUUGAAUUUAGGCUUAUGUGGUUCCUGUGUUACAUUAAUCUCAAUCUGGCUGUAUCACAGAAGCAAGUCCACAAGCUAAGAGUGUGUGUGAAUGCUACAUUAAUACUCAUAAAUACCAAACUGAUAAAGUACUAAAAAUGAUAUUCCAUGCAUUUUUGAAGAUUUAAAAUGUAUUAAACUGUGUCAAGUAAAGUUUUUGUUAUUCUGAA